AUUGGCCACCACACCAUGGCGAUUUCUCUCAAAGCAGCUUCUCUUCCCGGAACGAGAGAGUCUUCUCCUUUCCUCACUCGAUUCGUCCCUCGUCGUGCGGCGUUCUCUCCGGUUAAUUUCUUCCGGAAGUCUCGUCCUUUCUCAGAUGACGCGUCGUACUCCAGGCGGAGAAUCAUUGUUCGCUCGGUUUUGGAGACGGAGAAGAGUAGGAAGACAGAGAAGCCUGAGCCUCCGGUGAAACUGGUUGCUCUCGUCGGUAAAGGAGCAGUAAGCCCACUCAAAUCCACUUCCUGGGAAGAAGUUAUGCUCCACACCGCAAGAAGACUAAAAUGGGUUGAUGAAGGAUACGAAAUGCUCGUUUUUGAUGAUGAAAUUUUGAUUGCAAAUGAUCAGAGAGCUUUGAUGAUGAAACAGGAACUGAAUCAGACUGAUAUCUUGGUUUUAGUUGCUGUUACUAACUCAGAAUCUGUGAAGUGGGUUCAGGAGAACAGCAAAAGUAUCAAGAACAUGAUUUGCUUUGAGUCGUCUUCAGAUUUGAUGAACAGGCUUGGAGGGACUGAUAUUGGAAGCGUGAAUAAAGAUAAAGAAGCGACAGAGGUUGUGAAGACAGUGGGAGAUGCUUGGGAACGUCGAAACUCUGAUGAUAUAAGGUUUUGUUUGCUUGUCAUCAUCAACGCUUACAUAAGACCUGUUCCUGUGUUGCAAAACUUGAGGUCUAAAGGGUUUUCGACGCUUAGUUGUAUGGUUAAAAACUGUGGACCUCAGAUUUUGAACUGUCUUUUGGAUCCGAAUUGUCGAAAAGCUCUUCAGUGUUUGAACCAAUGUAGUCCUGUGGAUCAGGUGUGUAGCUACAGAUGCAUUGCUUCUUAUGAGAGUCCGUACUUUGAAGCUUUCUCUCUUUGUGUACUACAGAAACACAAUUGUUUAGAACUGGAUGCAAAGAUCCCUGAGAAGCCGUAUGUGCCUCCCAUGACGACUUUUCGAGGGAAGGAGUUAUGUCAUGAUACAGCGGAAGACUUGUUUGUUGGAUGGUUAGGGGAAUUGGAUUGGAGCUGGCGUGUCGUGGCUGGACAAAACCCGGCUUAUGAUCAGUUUCCUUGUCAGUACCAGCUAUUCUACCGAGGAAAAGGAAAGUCCGCGUUUUGGUAUGAGCCCGUGUUCCAGGUGAGGACGCUUGAAGAGAAGCUGGUUUGGAGAAGGAGAAGAUACUCAGUUAAACAAGGAAAGAUUCCUGCAACAUUCCGUUUCAGCGUUUUGGACAAUGGUGUGGUAUCAAAUGAGUUUUGGACGAUAGUGGAUGUGUCUGACGAUCUAAGUUGGGGACUGUUCCAUUACAAUGGAGCAGCUCGUGUAGCGGGACAGUCUUACACUGGGGCUGUGCUCGUGACACCAGAUGGUUCCUACCCGGCAGAGAAAGAAAAGGAGAGAUUGCAGUCAGCAUUGGAGAAAUGUGGGAUUAAGGAGUGGGAGCUCUUUGCUGUUGAUAACUGUUCUUGUGAAAAUCCACCAUUGGGGAUUCCACAAGGUUCUAGACUACAUUCAAAAAUCAGCAUCAUCAAGCAACCUGAUUCGGAAGAAAAUUUCAACUAAUUUUGCACUGUGUUAGUCACUGUUUUUUCUUGUAAAUUCAACAGUGGUUCAUACACUGAUAUACACCAGCAUCAAACUUGGCACU